CCUAAGGGUGUUUCAUAUAAAGCCCUCCCAUUCUCGAUCGAGAGAGAGAGAGAGAGAACUUAGUAGGACAUUUCUUAUCACUUCGUCAAGAAUCUUCCAUGGCGUCUUCACUGCUCGCACCUACUAAGACUUUUCUCCUUUUCUCUCCGUCGCAGGCUCCUCCUCCCCGAAUCCCUUCUUUUGGCUCUCCACUUAGUCGCUGGAAGCUCGAUGUCAGGCGGCCGAGGUCAUUUAGGGUCUCGUCAAUGGCACAAAAAUGGGAGCCUUCUAAGGUCGUUCCGCAAGCGGAUAGGGUUCUAAUUCGUCUAGAGGAACUACCCGAGAAAUCUGCAGGUGGCGUGCUUUUACCAAAAUCAGCUGUUAAAUUUGAAAGAUAUCUGAUGGGUGAGAUUUUAUCUGUUGGUGCUGAUGUUGGUGAAUUAGAAGCUGGAAAGAAGGUUUUAUUCUCGGACAUAAAUGCCUAUGAUAUCGACUUGGGGCCAGAGGGAAGGCACUGCUUCUGCAAGGCUGGUGAUUUGCUUGCUGUGGUUGAGUAAAUAUUCUAAUUAUAUUUUCCACAAUCUACCCAUUUUGUUCUUAUAUGUCUGAAACUUAGAUAUUUUCGUGCUCGAUCAUUUAGCUUAGUAAUGGAGGUAUUAUGCGUGACCAAUUAGUA